CAGUCCGAAACGAAAGCCUCGCCGGAGAGGUUCAGCUAUAGAUCAGCGGCGCCUAGAUCAUAGCUUGUUAUAGAGCUAAACAUAUCAAGAUGAUGCGCAGACAACAGUCCUAUCGCUUUGAGGAUCAGGAGUCCACCUCCUAUGCCCUUCGGAUGAAUCGUCGCUUUUCAAGAGUAGAGUCCGGGGCGGACCUGAAGGAUUACUUCGAUCGGGGGGACAUCGCCUCCCGGGAGAACCGAUGGAACUUCGAGGUGGCCUGGGAGGUGGCCAACAAGGUGGGUGGCAUUUACACGGUGAUCCGAUCCAAGGCCUAUGUGUCCACCGAGGAGAUGGGUGAGCAGCUCUGCAUGAUGGGGCCCUACAAGGAGCACUGCGCCCGAACAGAAAUGGAGGAGAUGGAGUUCCCCAGGGGCAAUCCCCUGCUGGAUGCUGUCAAUACUAUGCGAUCGCGCGGUUAUAAAAUCCACACUGGCCGCUGGCUGGUCGACGGAAAUCCACAGCUGAUCCUCUUUGAUAUUGGAUCCGCCGCCUGGAAGCUGGAUCAGUUUAAGAACGAGAUGUGGGAGAAGUGCAACAUUGGAAUCCCCCACCUGGAUAUUGAGACCAAUGAUGCCAUCAUUCUGGGCUUCAUGAUUGCCGAGUUUCUGGAGGAGUUCCGCAACUUUGCCGUCUCCUACUCGCAGAACAAUGGCCUAAGUGCUCCCCGAAUUGUGGCACACUUCCACGAGUGGCAGGCCGGCGUGGGCUUGAUUGUGCUGCGCACUCGCCAGGUUGAGAUAGCCACCGUGUUCACCACUCAUGCCACACUGCUGGGUCGUUAUUUGUGUGCCGGAAACACUGAUUUCUACAACAAUCUGGACAAGUUCGCCGUGGACGAGGAGGCUGGCAAGCGCCAGAUCUACCAUCGCUACUGCUUGGAGCGGGGGGCCACCCACUUGUCUCACGUGUUCACCACCGUCUCGGAGAUUACGGGCUACGAGGCGGAGCAUCUGCUCAAGCGCAAGCCGGAUAUCAUCACACCGAACGGCCUGAACGUCAAGAAGUUCUCGGCCAUCCACGAGUUCCAGAAUCUGCACGCCGUGGCCAAAGAGAAGAUCAACGAGUUCGUGCGAGGACACUUCUACGGGCACAUGGACUUCGACCUGGACAAGACACUGUACUUCUUCAUCGCCGGUCGGUAUGAGUUCGGCAACAAGGGCGCCGACAUCUUCAUCGAGUCCCUGGCCCGUUUGAACGCCAUGCUGAAGCACGAGAAACCCGACACCACUGUGGUGGCCUUCCUGAUCUUCCCCACCAAGACCAACAACUUCAACGUGGACUCGCUGAAGGGUCAUGCGGUCAUCAAGCAGCUCCGCGACACCAUCAACAACGUGCAGCAGGCGGUGGGCAAGCGCAUGUUUGACACGUGCCUCAAGGGCCACAUCCCCAACGCUGACGACCUGUUGCAGAAGGACGAUCUGGUCAAGAUCAAGCGUUGUAUGUUCGCCAUGCAGCGCGACUCCAUGCCGCCAGUAACCACUCACAAUGUGGCCGAUGACUGGAAUGACCCGGUGCUGUCCUCCAUACGCCGCUGCCACUUGUUCAACUCAGUUCACGACCGUGUGAAGAUGGUCUUCCACCCGGAGUUCCUCACAUCCACAAACCCGUUGUUCGGCAUCGACUACGAGGAGUUUGUCCGUGGCUGUCAUCUGGGAGUCUUCCCCUCAUACUACGAACCCUGGGGCUACACUCCCGCAGAGUGCACGGUGAUGGGUAUUCCCAGUGUGACCACCAAUCUGUCCGGAUUCGGCUGCUUCAUGCAGGAGCACAUCAGCGACCCCAAGUCCUAUGGCAUCUACAUCGUCGAUCGGCGCUACAUCGGCCUGGAGAACAGUGUCCAGCAGCUGUCCAGCUUCAUGAUGGAGUUCUCGCGCCUGAAUCGCCGCCAGCGCAUCAUCCAGCGCAACCGCACGGAGCGACUGAGCGACCUGCUCGACUGGCGCACCCUGGGCAUUUACUACAGGCAGGCCAGGGUUAAGGCCUUGCAGGCCGUUUAUCCGGACUACGUGGAUGAGCUGACUCUUUACGGAUCGCGUAACAAUCUGAUCUUCUCGCGGCCGCACAGUGAACCCCCCAGCCCCACCUCAUCGCGUCACACUACGCCAGCGCCUUCGGUGCACGGAUCUGAUGAUGAGGAUUCUGUGGACGAGGAAACCGAACUCAAGGAAUUAGGCAUUAAAUAAACCUCUUAGCCACACGGAGGGCCUUUAAACUUGUAGCGAACAAAACCAACUAAACCUUAAUAACGCGCAAUAUUACCACAAUAAGUUCAAGUAGUGUUGUUCCACCGUUUGUUCAACGAGAGGGUACCAGAGCGGAGAGGCCUACAAAACUAUCUACCUGCAAUUGAAAUGCCAGAUCAAAUUUUGUUCACAUCCAAUCAAAUUAUUAUAUAUGUAUGCCCCCAUUACAAGAAUGAGGAGGACGAGAGAUUUUAUUAAACGUUGUUUAGUCUAUAAGGAGAACAGGGUAGCCCCGCCCUGUUGCCCUGCUCCACACCCUGCCUGUCAAAUAAAUCGUUAUUUAAAGUACACUUA